AUGUCCAUUGAGUCAGCCCGAGAUUCAGCUGCUAGUCAUCCUUCACAAACGAAACAGAGCGUGCAGCCUUUUCUUCGAGCAGCGCGACUUCAUUCGAAUUCUGAAUGGGAAAAGAUGAAGGAUACCAUUCAGCAUCUCUACCUUGAUCUAGAUUUGACUUUAGAGGAAGUUGUUGAAGUAUUGUCGAAGGAGAAGAACUUCCAUACCAAUGGCAGGAUGUGUAAAACUCGAUUGAAAAAAUGGGGCUUCACGAAGAACUGUAGCAGGAAUAGGAUGAGCAGCUUUUGCCGUCUUGUGAGGCCAGCAAGAUCCCAAAAUGUUCCGGGACGCGCGGCCUUGCACGCAAGCAAAUUGAAGCGAAACAACUCUGGUCUUCUUGGAUUUGACAACAUGGACACGCGAGAGGACAAUACUUCCGUGGAAGGACACACAGAGAGCCAGUCUCAGCAUGAGCAAAAUUACUGGGAGCCCAGGGAACUCAUCGACAAAGAAGCCUUUGUUUCGGGCCCAUUCGAGCUUGAAGCGCUGAGUCCCUUGCUCGAACUUGAUGCGGUGAGGCACCCCAAUCAGCAUGAUGUAUUGGAUCUCCCGUCGGACCGAACCGCCCUGCACAUAGAGCAAAGCUCAGCAGCAACCAAUCAGCAAUCUCGCAGAUCCUCGGCCAGUACGGCCGUAGAUAAGCAAGAAUCACUCGAGUCUCAGGUACAUCAACUGUGUACCGGCUUCGAUCCUGACACCCACUGUGACGAAGAAAGAGACACCAAAACUCAGUUAGGCCCACCAUUCAUUUAUGAAGGAGGUUGUCCUUACCAGUUUGGCCAGAAGAAGUUUCGUUUGAUUGAGAUGGAUGGCGAAUCGGCUUUUGACUCGCUUGGCUAUGGCUCAUAUAUCAGGGUUUCUGAUACGAGAACAUGUACAGCCACGUGCGGGUGCAUGCGCUCUCACUUUCCUUCUGCCUUCUCCUUUAUCGUCAAGAAUACUAUCGACGGCAUACGCGUCAACAUCCUCAGCGUCAGUCUGUGGGAAGAAGUCAUGAAGGUAUUACCCAGCCACAUGAGGCCGACGGGACGAGACCGCGAAAUUGAUGGCCAUAUCUUGUUUCGAUUGAAGUUUGGAUUGAAAAUUCACCUGGAAAACGUCUACUCUCGAAUCCUUCAAAAGCAAACAUACGCAGUACAGAACUCGCCGUCAUUAGAGUUGGAACUUCUCGUCCAUGGCUUUCUCGACGAUGAUUGCUUUUGGCAACGCCAUAACAUCGACGAUAACCGAAUACAAUCUCAUCUCAACUCGCAUCCUGCAGAAAAGUCAGACUUUGACGGCGGUUCCACUGACGAAGAUCUCUCGAAACCAAAGCUUACGGACUUCAGUCCCUGGAAAAAGCUCCGAGCGCAAUGGAAAAGCCGUUGGGGAAAUGCCAACCUCGAGACCAAAAUUGACCGGCUCGUCAACGCAUUCCGGAGCACUGACGAAACUUACGAGCCGGAGUUCAAGCCAAGUUUGAAGUCCAGACCGACGAUGUAUCAAUUCAAACCUACACCCUCAGAGAUUGAUGACAUGUCCGUUGAUCCUCUGAUGAUGAGCCCAUGCCCUCGGCCUGUCCAACGUGGAUUCCCCGGCAUAUCUGUUCUCGAUGAUGAUGUGCUUGAUCUUAAUGAAGGCAGUGAUGGCUUGGAACUCCGCAACAAAAUCAUUGAGCCCAAUGACGAUAUGUUUGAGUUGUACUCCGGUGAGCUCAUAACUCAUGAAGACCUCAACGCCUCCAGAGCCAAGAGCCUGCAGGCCGUUUUUCCAAGUGCGAAAGACCCGGAGUUCAGCCCGAGUUUUGGCAAGAAGUUAGCUGAAGUCCGCUUCAGCGUGAACGACUGGAUUAUGAACGCCGCUAUGAAUGGAGAAUUUGGCCUUGUGCAAACGCUUCUUAAUUUAGGAACGGAUACUGAAGGCAAAGUAAGUAAACGACUAACGCCACAUUCAGAUUUCAAUGAUUUCCGUCAAGACCCGGCUUUGUGCAUUGCCGCAGAGCAUGGAGAGAUUCGGAUUGUCAGAGCCCUUGUGGAGCGAGGAGUUGAGGUCAAUAUACGAGACACGCAAGGGAGGACGCCCAUACAAGUCGCUGCAGCAGGUGGACAUCGGGAAAUUGUUGGUCUACUUCUAUCUCAUGGUGCAGAACUUACCACUCGAAGAGGGCAAGCAUCACUUCUAAGCAUUCCCGCGGCAGGUGGACACCAUGAAGUUGUUCGACUUAUUCUCAAUAGCUCACAGCACCGUUCAUCAGCAUCAAGAUCUAAAGAAAUGGAAGAGGCAUUGGUGCUCGCGGCGAGGAAUGGGAGUUCAGAGACGAUGCAAGCCCUACUCGACCAUGGUGCUAAGACGAAUUGUCUGCUUUCAACGCCGGGGACCGAGUUGCAGUCUGCGUUGAUAGGGGCUGCAGAAACCGGCAAUUGUGAAGUGGUGGGUCUCCUGCUCCAGACCAGUGUGGAUGUCAGUGGUUUGGAUCAUCGCGGCACUGCACUUAGUGUUGCCGUCAGCAAGGAUCACGAUGCUGUGAUCCAUAUGCUUCUGCACCGGGCUGGAGAUCAGGUUCUGGCGGCUAUUCGGCACAUACGGUCCCGUGGAAGACGAAGACAUAUUACGAAGCUUCUCAGAAUCGUUUCACAGUUUCGAAGAGAUCGACAAGAGGGGCGGAGCUCUCGUCACAAAGACCUC